CGAUAACUGAAGAUUCCACUUUAAGUGAUAUGAUUGAUGCUGGUUUGCCUAAAUUUACUACUCAGCUGGAAGAAAUCAACGCUGGAGCUACCAAAGAACAUGCUCUACAGGUUAAUUUGGCAAAGAUGAAAGAAGAGUGGGUCGAUAUACGGUUCGAACUUACACCUUACAGAGAAACCGGUGUUAAUAUAUUAACAGCUGUAGACGAUAUACAAGUAAUGAUGGACGACCACAUCCUAAAGGCUCAAACGAUGAGAGGUUCUCCCUAUGUAAAGGCAUUUGAAGACGAGAUGGCUGCUUGGGAAGAAAAGUUGCUUUCCAUGCAGGAUAUUUUAGAGCAAUGGCUUAUUUGUCAGGCUACUUGGAUGUACCUGGAACCCAUAUUUGGAUCUGAAGAUAUAAUGCGACAAAUGCCAACGGAAGCUAGAAACUUUAAAUUGGUAGAUAGAGUAUGGAGAGCUAUUCAAAAUAACACGAUGAAAGAUACACGGGUUUUGAUAGCCACGGACUAUAAAAACAUGCUCACUUUGCUCAGAGAAAACAAUAAAAUGUUGGAUGAGAUUCAGAAAGGAUUGAACGACUAUUUAGAGAAGAAGCGUCUGUUCUUUCCGAGGUUCUUCUUUUUAUCCAAUGAUGAACUGCUUGAAAUACUUUCUGAAACCAAAGAUCCAUUACGUGUACAACCACAUCUUAAGAAGUGCUUUGAAGGUAUUCAUCAACUAGAGUUUACAAGAGACGAAGAAGUUAUCGGUAUGAUCAGUGUAGAAAGGGAAAAAGUUCCGUUAAGCGAGAAAAUUGUACCAGCAGACGCCAAGGGUAUGGUGGAAAAAUGGUUAGUGCAGGUAGAAAGAGUAAUGAUUCAAUCAGUCAAAGACGUUAUGAGGGACUCUAUACACAACUAUCCAGUUGUUGAUAGGCCUACAUGGAUUCUUAAUUGGCCUGGUCAAAUCGUGCAGUGUGUCGAUUGUAUAAUGUGGACCACUGAAGUCACAGACGCAAUUUUUGGCGGAGCUUUAGAACAACAGGAACAUCUUUGCACUCAUCAAAUAGAACAGAGUGUUAAAAUGGUACAAGGAAAAUUGAAAGCAAAUACUCAAGUUACUGUUGAAGCUCUUAUUGUUAUCGAUGUUCAUGGUAGGGAUAUUGUUAAAAUGUUAAAAGAACUUAAAGUAACAUCAGUAGCUGAUUUCAACUGGAUAGCUCAGUUACGUUAUUAUUGGAGGGAUUUGAUGGUUAGCGUUUGUAUGAUAACGACCGAGGUAAUGUAUGGAUUUGAAUAUUUGGGAAAUACUGGACGGCUAGUGGCUACACCAUUAACCGAUAGAUGCUACAGAACUUUAAUGGGUGCUCUAAAAUUGAAUCUUGGUGGCGCUCCUGAAGGACCAGCGGGUACUGGUAAAACAGAAACAUGCAAAGAUUUAGCCAAAGCUGUUGCUAAGAAAUGUGUAGUGUUCAACUGUUCGGAUGGACUCGAUUACAAAGCUUUAGGCAAAUUUUUCAAGACAGUAGCACUUACCAAAAAAUCUGCCAAAAAAUUAGAAACAACACAAAGAGCAAUGGAACGAAUCAUGCUUGGAAAAUCACUAAGAGACAAGAUUAGAAACACCGAGAGAAGACGUAGAACGAAGACUAGGGAUAUUGUGGAAGAAAUUACAAAAAUGAAAUGGCGCUGGGCAGGUCACGUACCCCGAUAUAAUGACAACAGGUGGACACGGAGAAUUCUAGAAUGGAGACCAAGGACGACAACAAGAAGCAUGGGAAGACCUCAAAAAAGAUGGGUAGAUGACAUAAGAGCAGUGGCAGGCAAACAGUGGAUUAGAUUGGCGCAAGAUAGAGAAAGAUGGAAGCAAUUGGGAGAGACCUACAUUUAG